AUCGUUGUCGUUCUGUACUUCACCUUGAUGUUCAAUCUUGCUGGAGGUUUGUGUCUUUGGAUGCACAAUGCACCAAACUUUCCAGGAGGACAUUCCAACGCGAUUAGAUCAACGGCGGUAAUCUCAACGUUCGCCGCUGUGUGCACUGUGCUCCUUAUCGCAUUCUAUUGCUUGAAUGUUAUGAAAAACCCAGCAUGGGUUGAGCCGUCCACACACGAAGUUGUAGCUUUGAUCAAGACAAAAUCACGAGAAUCCUCGAAACCACUCACAAAAAGGUCCACACCACCGGAAAUGUUGGAGAAGAAAAAUGAAAAGCAGCUGCUACCUGAAUCUACGCAGGCAGCUACUCCGCAAACACCUGCCAAGCUUACAGCAUCACCCAACUAUCUUCCCUUAGCUCCUGCACCACCACGGCUAACCACGGAGUAA